AUAGCUACCGCGCUUCCUGACAUUUCCACCAAUGCCUAACCUGCUCCUCUUCACGGCGGCUCUGCUACUCUGCGCAGUGUGCGCAAUGUCAGCCAAUCGCUGCCCGGACUGCGGCAACACUUCUGUGCCCUACCCGCUCAGCACCGGAGCGGACUGCGGCGACCAAGAGUACAAGAUCCGGUGCGAUGCGGGCACACUCAGAUUCGAUACGCUCAACUCCUCCUACUCCAUCUCAUCCAUCACUCCUCAAAUCCAACGGUUCGUGAUCCGGCCGGCGAGCUUCGCCGGUAACACCUGCGUCACCACCGAUCUCCCCAACCAGGGAAUCCAGCUCAACGAGAGCCUUCCCUUCAACGUCACCAGCAGCAACACCAUCAUGUACCUCAACUGUACGGACACGCUUCUCCGGUCGCCGUUGAACUGCUCCUCCAUCAGCCUCUGCCACACUUACAUCAACGGCACACGAGACGCGGCAGCGUGCGAGGACGCGCCUAUUUGCUGCACGUUUAAGGCGGGUGGUUCUACGACGUCGCAUUCGAUACGGGUUCGCGACGCGGGGUGCAGAGCUUAUCGGAGUUUCGUGAACCUGGACCCGAGUACUCCGGUGAACCGUUGGCCAGAAGCAGGCGUGGAGAUCCAGUGGGUGUCUCCGAGGGAACCGGUUUGCACGUCCCAAUCUGACUGCACCGAUGGGAUGAACUCCACUUGUGGGCCGGACCCAGCCACGGCUGGGGUGAGCCGGUGCUUUUGCAAAUCAGGACUUUGGUGGGAUCCAGUUGGUGGAUUAUGCGCACAGAAUGUGACGUGUCAAGAUCCAGAUGGUUGUGGUUCCACAAACAAGACUCCACUCAUAGCAGGUUUAACAGUAGGCAUCGGUGCAGCCCUGAUUGCAGUGGCCAUCGCUGUUCUAGUUUACAGACGGCACCGGCGCAUCAAGGAAGCACAAGACCGGCUGGCAAGAGAGAGAGAGGAGAUCCUAAACGCGAAUGGCGGUGGCAAAUUCGCCAAAAACUUCACUGGCAAAGAGAUAAAGAGAGCAACAAACAGUUUCUCCCACGACCGCCUGCUCGGGGCCGGCGGCUAUGGUGAAGUCUAUAAAGGCAUCCUUGAUGAUGGGACCAUCGUUGCUAUCAAAUGCGCUAAGCUCGGCAACGCAAAAGGCACUGAUCAGGUCCUCAAUGAGGUGGGGAUUCUUUGCCAAGUGAACCACAGAAGCCUUGUCCGCCUUCUAGGCUGCUGUGUGGAGCUGGAGCAGCCGAUCAUGGUUUACGAGUUCAUCCCAAAUGGGACUCUUCUGGAACACUUGCAAGGCCAACGGCCUGGUGGCCGGGGUUCACUUACAUGGAGUCAUCGCCUCCGCAUUGCCCAUGACACGGCUGAGGGUCUUGCUUACCUCCAUUCCUCUGCAGUUCCCCCAAUCUAUCAUCGAGAUGUCAAAUCCAGCAACAUUUUGCUUGAUGAGAAGAUGAAUGCUAAGGUUGCAGAUUUCGGGUUAUCUAGGUUGGCUCAUACUGAUAUGAGUCAUGUAUCCACAUGUGCUCAAGGAACUCUUGGAUAUCUCGAUCCUGAGUAUUACAGGAACUAUCAGUUGACAGAUAAGAGUGAUGUUUAUAGCUUUGGAGUAGUGUUGUUGGAGCUGUUAACAUCGCAGAAAGCCAUUGAUUUUAAUCGACCCGCUGAUGAUGUGAACUUGGCAGUUUAUGUGCAGAGGACAGUGGAGGAGGAGAGGUUGAUGGAUGCCAUUGAUCCAUUACUCAAAGAGCAGGCCAGCAGUUUGGAGCUUGAGACCAUGAAGGCUAUGGGAUUUCUGGCCGUGGGUUGCUUGGAAGAACGAAGGCAAAAUCGACCGUCAAUGAAAGAAGUUACAGAGGAGAUUGGGUAUAUCAUAAGUAUUGCUACAGCAAAGGUGGUAGAGCAGUAGUUUGAUUACAGAGUUGCUUUGGAAAAAAACUAGACCAGUGACUUGUUGGGCAGAAAUAAUCUGGGCUUAUGUUUGUAAUUGUUACUAGUAUUGUAUAGUUAACGUAUUAUGACCCGUUUUUAUGGUGAUCUAUGUUGUUGCCCAGGAAGAAGCUUUACUGCUUCACAAUAAUUUCUCUGGCCUUCUUGCUUCCUUUAGGUUUGUCACAGAUCAUUUCUGCACUCUUUCUUGCUUCCACUGGCCUCAUCAGAGUAAUUUUGCUAUCCUUCUUGUUUCCCAUUGUUUUCACCAGAGAAGGCUCUCCUGUGGUUCUGAAAUUAUAAUGAUAUGAGAAUUAUACUGAUUAAGUUUUA